AUGGUUACAGAUGUGCCUAUCGAUGAAGCAGUGAAAUCGGCUACUGAUAUUAUUAUACAGGCAGCUAAUGUUUCUAUACCUAUGACAUCAGGAAAAGUACCCAACGCUGUCAAACUUAAUAGCAUUCAAAAGAGCCAAAGAGAUUCAUGGAUAUCCUAUGUGUCUGGGAUAACAUCAUCAACACCAUCUAAACGAGCCUGGGAAAGAGUUAGAAAAGCAUGUGGAAUAUAUAAUUACCACUCACUUUCCAUUCUGGAAAAAGAUGGCCGAGUGAUAAGUUCCACAGAAGAAAUUGCAAACACUAUCGGUGAAAAUUUUGCUGCGGUUUCUUCCAGCGAUAAUUAUUCACCAGCAUUUCUUUCUGUUAAGCUACAUUCUGAAAAAAUUCCCAUUGCUUUUAACUCUUCCAACUCCGAGCCUUAUAAUAGCGUGUUUACAAUGCACGAACUGAAAAGAGUUUUAUCCCAGACACGUAGGUCUAGUCCCGGUCUGGAUGCUAUUACUUAUGAAAUGCUGAAACAUCUCUCCUAUAAGUCAUUGACUGCCCUUCUCGUGCUUUAUAACCGCGUGUGGAAGGAGCAUAGUUUCCCCAAUGCUUGGAAGAGAGCUGUUGUUAUUCCUAUACCUAAACCGGGAAAAGACCCAAAGGACCCCUCCAACUACCGGCCCAUUGCACUUACCAGUUGCAUGUGUAAGGUGUUUGAAAAAAUGAGCCUUUAUGUUGACUGUUACGAAACAUCACUCCGUUUGAGGCGUGAGGAGUUGUCUCUUUUACGCUAUUUUAAUAUUUUAUCUCAACCUGACCAUCCUUAUAACUUGUGUAUAUGUGAAAAUAGCUGUGACCUUUUAUUUGAGGCACGUCCAUCCUGUGUGCCUUCUUUUCCUGUUAGAGUUCGUCCCCUCAUUGAAGAAUUCUCCCUGUUUGAUAUUUCCCCACAGGCAGUACAGCAUUUUGAAAUUGCACCUUGGGAAAAUGCACAAAUCCACCUUCUUGACAUUUUCCACAAUUACGGAAAAACAACUACUGAUGAGAGCAUCUACAGACAAAUUUUUGCUGAUCACAGGCAGAGUUACAGGAGUUAUGUUCCCAUAUAUACGGAUGGCUCUAAGUCAGCUUGCCAUGUUGGCAUGUCAUUUAUAAUUGGUGACCACAUGGAAGGCAGACGUUUACACGACGCUUCCUCUGUCUUAACCUCCGAACUGACUGCCAUAUAUUAUGCGCUUUUGUACAUCUCAACGCUGCACCAUCGAAAAUUCAUUGUAUAUACGGACUCCUACAGUGCAUUGAAAGCUUUAGAAUCCUUUUCUAGCACUGAGAAUCCUGUGAUAGUGGAUGUUCUCAAGUUGAAUAUUAAAUUGACAUGUCGUGGAUUUGAACUUCUGUACUGCUGGGUCCCCGGACAUACAGGAAUAAAGGGCAAUGAGCUGGCGGAUAUCGCAGCGAAAUCUGCUGUUGAAAUGUCCGGCCGCCUCAUCCCUUUUAAAGAUAUCCGUUGUGUCAUAAAAGAGAAGAUCCGAAAGAAAUGGCAGCAACUUUGGGACCUUCAACUUCAUAACAAGUUGAGAAGGGUGAAGCCUAAAAUAGAGCAUUGGGAUACUACUAGCAAUCGCAGGGAGGAAGUUCUUUUGACUCGCCUUAGAAUUGGUCACAGUAGAGUGACACAUAACUACCUUCUGAAAGCUGAGAACGAGCCUAUUUGUGCAACUUGUAAUGUUUGUCUUUCAGUUUAUCACAUUUUAAUUGAAUGUUCAUAUUUUAAUAAUCUUCGUGAGAAGUAUUUUAAUAGCUGCGACCUGCCUCUCGACCGUUUAAUCGGAAGAGAGGUCAAUAAUAAUUUGUUUCACUACCUCAAGGAAACAGGUUUCUAUUAUUUAAUUUGAUUUUUGUCCUGAGAUUUUAUGUUGGAAUUUUAAUUAAUCAGAUGUUUUAGGAUUUUAUAUCUAUACUGCAUCUCUCAUUAUCAAAGUUAUAAUCAGCAUUUUCAUCCCAUCAUUUAAAUAUCUUUUUACUUGCCUCGAUUUUAAAAGUGUGCUG